AAAGAGUGGAGGAUAAAUUACAAUCAUUUGUAAAUUGAGAGACAAGGGAGAAAGAGAUAAGGUGAAAGAAUGGCUAGCAGCAUUUUGAGUAGUGCAUGUUCAUGUGUGGAUUUUAGGAGUUGGAGAAAAUUAAGCUCAAGAAUGUUAGAGUGUGGUGUAUCUGGCAAAGGAAGAAAUCCCAUUUUUACAAAUGAUUUUGAAAUUGGCAAGAAGCUUUAUCUUGGUAUGGAUUUUGGAACAUCUGGAGCUCGAUAUUCUCUUAUUGAUGGUGAUGGUAAUAUUCAUGCUGAAGGAAAAAGAGAGUACCCACUUUAUAUGAAAGAGGAAAAAAUGGACUGGAUACAAUCAUGGAAAGACACACUCUUUUUACUCCUUGAUGAUGUCCCGGUCAGUCUCCGAAAAGUUGUUGCGUCCAUUGCCAUCGAUGGGACCUCUGCAACAACUAUCAUCAUCGAUAGUAGGAGCGAAGAGCCAUUAUCAAGAGCAUUCCUGUAUAAUGAGAGCUGUCCUGAUUCCUUGCCUUUGGUGAAGUCUAUUGCUCCUGCAAAACAUACAGUCUGCUCUGGAUCUUCUACACUUUGCAAGCUUGUCUCAUGGUGGAACUCUUAUCCUUCUAGCAAGGAAUCUGCUGUAUUGCUACAUCAAGCAGAUUGGUUAUUGUGGCUACUCCAUGGCAAGCUGGGCGUGUCUGACUAUAAUAAUGCUCUGAAGGUUGGCUAUGAUCCGGAAAUGGAUUCCUAUCCGCCUUGGCUUCUAUCUCAGCCAUAUUCUCAUCUUUUACCUUCUGUACACGAUCCUGGUACUAAAAUUGGGUGUAUGAAAGAGGACAUAAGAACUCAGUUUGGUUAUCCAAAGGAUUGCCUAAUUUGUACAGGAACCACAGACAGUAUAGCAGCGUUUCUAGCAGCACGAGCUACUCAACCUGGAAAAGCCGUAACAUCUUUGGGUUCAACACUUGCUAUCAAACUACUAAGCUCCAGAAGGGUAGAAGAUGCUCGAUUUGGAGUAUAUAGCCACCGUCUUGACGAUAAAUGGCUUGUUGGAGGUGCUUCAAACACAGGGGGAGCAGUUCUUAGGCAACUCUUCACCGAUGAGCAGUUGGAGAAACUAAGUGAACAGAUAAAUCCCUUUGAAACUUCCCCUCUUGAUUAUUAUCCCCUUCAAGCAGUUGGUGAAAGAUUCCCUGUGGCAGAUCCAAAGAUGGAGCCAAGAGAAUAAUUAUUUUCAAGCAUUUGUCCAACACUCAACAAAUUUUGACUCAUAUCAGAUUUAUAAAUAUCAUCGAGGAAUUUGAACAGUUCAACAUCAGUGCACAAGUGAUGUGUGCAACCACUAUCAAGAAGCCCUGCAUAAGAGGAUUCAUUGAUUGAAAAGUAUGAAACUGCAAAGAGUUGCUCCUCAUGUGCAUCUGCAGCUUCUGCUACUUGUGCUUGCAAAGCACCAAAGGCCUUUGCUCUUGAUUUGCAGACCUUGGAUAUGUGUCCCGUUUGCUUACAGUUGCCGCAUAUAGCAUCGACUCUCCACCAACAAUACUUCUCCAGAUGUGUAUUUCUUUUACAAUGUUUGCAAGCAGGGAACUUCUGCUUCACAUCUCCACUAUUGUUUCCUCCAUCAUGCUUUGCCUUAUUCUUUUGGUGAAUUGUUGCUUUCCUUUUUGCUUUUGUAUAGAGAAAGCUCUUUGACUGAA